CAUUGUGUUUAUUACAAUAACAUUGUUUUUUUUUUGUUUUUGCUAUUACUCCGCAUUUACAAGAUCAUAAAACUGCCCUACCAAGUUCAAAUAUUCUCUCUCUUUGUUUUUCUGAAACAAUUUCUGCCACGAAAGCGUCUGCCAAAGAGAGAAUCGGAGGUUUCAAGCUCUGUAAUUUUUGAAAUAAUGGAGAAGACGACAAGAAAAAAAUAUUUCGUGCAGAUAGUGAUUUUUUCCCCACAUAUUUUGGCAGAUCCAAAGCAUCUAUUUAGUGCAUCUAAACUAGAAUAUCCAUUUGGAACAGAAUAUCAUAGACUAGAAUGUUCAUCUAGACUAGAACAUCCACCUAGAGUACAGCAUCCAUUUAGACUAAAAGGCUUAUCUAGAUUAAAGCAUCCAUCUAGACUAGAACAUCUACCUAGACUAGAAUGUCCAUUUAGACUAGAAGAGCAUCCAUCUAGAUUAGAAUGUUCAUCUAGACUAGAAUAUCCAUUAAAAGUAGAAUGUCCAUCUAGACUAUAACAUCUAUGUAGACUAGAAUGUUCAUCUAGACUAGAAUAUCCUUUUAAACUAGAAUGUUCAUCUAGACUAGAACAUCCAUCUAAACUGGAACGUUCGUCUAGACAAGAGCAUCUAUCUACAUUAGAACAUUUAUCUAAACUAGA